AUACUGGCAUUCAGGUGGGCGUAACCACCACCUGCAUCGCGCAUGCGGAUCACGUCAGGUAGGUUUAACUUCCUUUUCAAUGCAUGCUGGGAAAUAUGGUUCCCUGCCAAAUGGGUUUUCGGGGCGGAGACGGCAGUCUCGAUUUCUUUCUCGUGGGCCUCCUUUGCAUCCCCCGUUGCAAUUCCAGGGGAGACAAAAGCAGGCGCGUGCAAAAUCCUCCACCUCUUCUUCUGAUUUGCUGCUAGGUAACCGAGGCCCAGGCGGAGCGGAGCGAGAGCUCCGUCUGAAAAAUAAAUGGCGCCUUGAGAGCAACGGCACUGAGUCAGAUGUGACAGUCGGUGCGCCCCGCCCUGUGACAGGGUGGAGUCAGCCGCGGCGAAAGGAAAUCAGAGAAAACGGACUCCAGCCGUACAAUCUUCUCCUAUUUCCUGCCCCACGAAAAAGAAUUGGCUGAAGUCACGUGGAAAGGGCCGGUUGGGAAGCCACAUGAUCCUGAGUGGCUCCAGAGGUUGGGAGUCGUCGCGAUGAGUACCGCGCUGGACAUCAAGAUCAAGCGAGCCAACAAGGUGUAUCAUUGCGGGUCGAGAUGAUGAUGAUGAUUAUUAUUAUUGGAAGUAGCGUCCUUAGGAUCGCAGGUUUGUGGAGCCGUGGGAUCUGGGCGUCAGCGUCUGGAGCAGCAGAUGAGAUCGCGGUCGGUCGGAUGGUUCUGGAAUCCUCCUGGAAGAGGGAGAGGAAUUAAAAGAUGCCCGCCCUGACCAAAACGGAGACGUUCAUGAGGGGAAAACAAAAAGAAAAAGUCUUCCUGACAUCUUGUGCGCAGGAUUGUUUUCUGGACGUUCAGUUUCGUAUGUAACCUCGCUACGUUCUAAAGGAGACUUUAUACAACACCGCUUUGCCACCUGAAUAUCUGUUUCGUAAGAAUUAGGAAGUUCUCACUGGAGUGGUGGUCAUAACAAGUAAAGAUUCAAUCCAGCAUCAGGGAAUCUCAUUAACAAUGGAAGGAUCUGUAAAUCUGCAGCUCAGUGCUAAAAGUGUUGGUGUGUUUGAAGCAUUCUGCAAUUCUGUUAAGCCUAUCCAAUUGAUUAAUAGUACGGUAGAAAUGGUAAAAUCUGGAAAACUUCCUAGUGGUAAAACAGAAAUUCCUUUUGAGUUCCCACUGCAAGUAAAAGGAAGUAAAAUUCUUUAUGAAACUUACCAUGGAGUUUUUGUCAAUAUCCAGUAUACUCUUCGAUGUGAUAUGCGACGCUCUCUCCUGGCCAAGGAUUUGACAAAGUCUUGUGAAUUUAUAGUCCAUUCACCACCUCAGAAAGGUAAGCCAACUCCAAGCCCUGUAGACUUUACUAUAACUCCUGAAACACUACAGAAUGUGAAAGAGAGAGCAUUGCUUCCAAAAUUUCUCAUAAGAGGCCAUCUCAAUUCAACAAACUGCAUCAUAACACAACCUCUAACAGGGGAGCUGAUAGUGGUGAACUCCGAUGCUGCUGUUAAAAGCAUUGAACUCCAGCUAGUACGAGUGGAAACCUGUGGCUGUGCUGAAGGUUAUGCUAGAGAUGCCACUGAGAUUCAGAACAUUCAGAUUGCUGAUGGUGAUGUCUGCAGAAAUCUUCCUAUUCCAAUUUAUAUGGUCUUUCCAAGAUUGUUUACAUGUCCUACACUAGAAACUACAAACUUCAAAGUUGAAUUUGAAGUUAACAUCGUUGUCCUCUUGCAUGAUGAUCACUUAAUCACAGAAAACUUUCCACUGAAACUUUGCAGAAUGUGAUUAGGUUUGCUUUACAAUUACUGCUCAGACUAGAUGCCUCCCAUUUGUUGGUCAUCAAGCUAAUCGGCAUUGCAGGCACUCAGUAAUACAGCCCUAUAAAUGAUUGACCAGAAUUUUAAGUUACAAUAACAAUGUUCUGACCCAAUAAGCCAGUCCAGUAAGCACUGAUUCACAUUUGUCUGUAAUGCCAUUGCAGUGCAAGUGUUAAUCUAAGUUGAAAUAGGGCCUACAUGGCCUACACCUGUCUAUUCUUGUUUAUGAGAGUUCUGUAAGAAAUUUAGACAUUGAGAGGAAGAGUUGCUUAUAGCAAUAUGUUUUGAUCAAAUCAUUUUGUAUAUAUGCCUUAGCCUACCAUACUAAGAAAAUUUUACCUUAACUUCAGAAACCUUUGUAUGUCCCAUGAGUCAUGAGAGAUGGGAUGUCCCUACAGUAAUGAGAGAUUGGAAGUCCACUUAUCAAAAUAUUUGACUGACAUACUAAAACUAUUCAAAACAAGUUGAAUUUAGACAUUCCUCUGAUAGCAUCUAAAGACUUUUUGCAUUAAUUUCUUUUGGGGAAUAUCUUAGCUUAAUUGGUAAAAAUGUUGGGCUGACCUUAAUAACCGAUUGGAGGAAUAGUCAUAAGGAGUUGAGAUGAUUCAGUGCUGGCAUCUUGUUACCAGAUUGAUAUUACAAGACAUAAAAAUUGAUGUUACAAGACAAAACAUAGCGCAAAGAGUGUGGUAGAGGAUGUACAGGUAGAGAAGGUAAAAUUAUUGCACUUUGCCUACCAUUGAAAGAUGUUGGACAUAUAUUGAAUGCAUUUCACUUUUGAUGUAGCAUCAUCUUGGCAAUACUAUAGAAAGUAAACUUUACCUAAUAUCUGAUAUAUCUGAUUGUUGAUGUGAAUAAAUCAUUCAUAUAUUCUA